GCAACCCGCUGUGUUGACAUAGCCCGGCGAGGAAUAAGGGCCCCGGGCGAACAUCGUUCGUGGUUCUGCCUUGGUGAGACCUCGACCCCGCGGGCACCAUGCGCAAACUGAGCCUGCAGCGGGACCUGGCCGAGGCGGCUGCGCUGGAGCGGAGGCGGCAGCACGAGCUGCACAGGCAGAGCCGCAUCUUCAACGCCCGAGUCAGGACCAUCGGGGUUGAUAAGGAUGCUUUGGAUACUCAAAUCAAUGAUAAGAAGAUUCAAGAGGCAAAUGAGAAAGCACGACAUGAUACAAUUGCUGGUGAAAUGAAGCAAAAUGACAAGAUCAUCUGUAUGUUAGAGGAACGGCAGAAACAGGACAUCAAAAACCUAAACAAAGCCGUCACUGAGUUUCAACAGAAUUUUCAGAAGCCUGAAACUCGGCGCGAGUUUGAUUUGUCUGACCCACAGUCCCUGAAGAAGGAUACUCCUGCUCGCCUCUCUGACAGUGACCCUCGAUGUACUGUAUCUGGCUUGCAGAAGUUUCUAGGAGAAGAUUUAAACCAUGAUCAGAGGGUGAAAUUUCAAAAGGAGCAGUCAAGAGAAUGGUCUCUACAGCAACAGAGAGACUGGAAGAAUGCAUUAGCAGACCAGAAAUUUGCAGAGGAUCUCCAUGACAAGAACAGGAUAGGCCUAGAUCAAAAGGCUAUGGAACUACAAAGAAAAGAAGUAGAAACCAGACAAGCUGUUUGUGCAGCUACCAAGGAUUUUAAUAGAACCCAGGCUGCAGAAUUUGCAGAAAGAAAAAUGCUAGAAAAGCGUCAGGAAGAAGAAGAUAAUGUGGCUGAAAUUUCUAACCUCCUUCGAGGAGACUUGCUUUCUGAAAACCCAGAACAAGCAGCCAGUUUGUUUGGGCAACAUCGUGUGAUUACUGAUCGAUGGAAAGGAAUGAACCAGGAUCAGCUGAUGGCAAUACGUUACACUCAACAGCAACAAGUUCUGGAGAAACUGAGGCUGCAGGAGGAAGAACGGCAAAGAAAUGCAGAGUGGGACAGGCAACGUAUACAGGCUGCCAGAGCACAACUUCUUUUUGAGCGGCAUCAGCAGCGACUAAAUCGAGAACUUCGCAGAGCUCUGGAUAAUACUAAUGCACAACUCUCCCAGGAGCAGAAAUCAAAAAAAAUUUAUCUUCAGGAGGAAGUGUAUUCAAAUUUUCCAACAGGCCAAUAUUUCACACAGUUUAAUACAACUAGCCGGUGACAUAUGAGACACAUCCACUCUCUGAAAUAUAAAUGUAUGUAAGGUUUAUAGAAAUAUUAAAGUUUGAUUAAGUUUCACUGCUUUUCUAUGUUUUUCCCCAAAUUUCCAGUUAAGAUAUUUGUGCAUUAAAACAAAUCCAUAUUUUCCUUAUGGCAUAUACUUGUAAGUCAUAAGCCUGAUGAUUGGUAUUCCUUGUAAUUAAUGAUAAAUAUAGAGAUUGCUACUGAUUUACGUUUUUGGUUUGGGGGAUAUUUUAUAAUUAACAUUUCUCAGGAGGAAAAGGAAAAUAAUCGCAAAUAACACUGAAAUGAUUGAGUGCUAAUUUAGAGAAGUUAUU